CAGAGGCAACACCAACUCGAUAUCAUCAGGAAUAUCAAGCUUUCUCAGUGAGCGCCAUGGUUGCAGACAACGACCCCUUCUACAUCCGUUAUUACUCCGGCCACUCUGGGCGAUUCGGUCAUGAGUUCCUUGAAUUCGACUUUCGCACUCUAGGCGAUGGUCGUAGCGCCUCUGCACGUUAUGCAAACAACUCCAAUUACCGGAACGAUUCUCUGAUUCGUAAAGAGAUGUGUGUCAGCUCUCUUUUGAUUUCAGAGAUCAAGCGCAUCAUCAAGGAAAGCGAGAUCAUGAAGGAAGAUGAUGCGAAAUGGCCGCAAAAGAACAAGGACGGCCGCCAGGAGCUCGAGAUCCGGAUGGGAAAUGAACACAUCUCCUUCGAAACUGCGAAGAUCGGCUCGCUUGUCGAUGUCACCGAGUCCCAGGAUCCCGAAGGACUCCGCGUGUUCUACUAUCUCGUCCAGGACCUGAAGGCGCUCGUUUUCUCAUUAAUCUCGCUCCACUUCAAGAUCAAGCCCAUUUGAGGUAGUCACCGGGGGCAUAGAAAAGCAACAGUGUCUUGUCAGCCGGAUCGAGGUGGUGUAGAGCACUCCGGGAUCUAUGCAUGCACGAAUGCCGGUGCGUGAUCAGCCGAAGGAUUGGGUAUGGGCAGCACCACGAAAGCGAUGGUUGGCCGUGUCGAUGCUGACUGCAUCGACACGGCCACAGAAGGUAGAUACCAAAACUGAUGCCAAGGAAAAGGCAUACGAGUUCUGUUCAGCUCCUGCAUCCGGGGCCCC